AUGGCGGGCUCCGACGAUCCCCGCGCAACGCCCGCCAGGUCGGUCGCCGUCGUCGGCGCCGGGGUCAGCGGGCUCGCGGCGGCCUACAGGCUCAGGAAGAGCGGCGUGAACGUGACGGUGUUCGAAGCGGCCGACAGGGCGGGAGGAAAGAUACGGACCAAUUCGGAGGGCGGGUUUCUCUGGGAUGAAGGAGCUAACACCAUGACAGAAGGUGAAUUGGAGGCCAGUAGACUGAUUGAUGAUCUCGGUCUACAAGACAAACAGCAGUAUCCUAACUCCCAACACAAGCGUUACAUUGUCAAAGACGGAGCACCAGCACUGAUUCCUUCGGAUCCCAUUUCGCUAAUGAAAAGCAGUGUUCUUUCUACAAAAUCAAAGAUUGAGUUAUUUUUUGAACCAUUUCUCUACAAGAAAGCUAACACAAGAAACUCUGGAAAAGUGUCUGAUGAGCAUUUGAGUGAGAGUGUUGGGAGCUUCUUUGAACGCCACUUUGGAAGAGAAGUUGUUGACUAUCUUAUUGAUCCAUUUGUAGCUGGAACAAGUGCAGGAGAUCCAGAGUCACUAUCUAUUCGUCAUGCAUUCCCAGCAUUGUGGAAUUUGGAAAGAAAGUAUGGUUCAGUUAUUGUUGGUGCCAUCUUGUCUAAGCUAACAGCUAAAGGUGAUCCAGUAAAGACAAGACCUGAUUCAUCAGAGAAAAGAAGGAAUAGACGCGUGUCAUUUUCAUUUCAUGGUGGAAUGCAGUCACUAAUAAAUGCACUUCGCAAUGAAGUUGGAGAUGAUAAUGUGAAGCUUGGUACAGAAGUGUUGUCAUUGGCAUGUACAUUUGAUGGAGUCCCUGCACCAGGCGGGUGGUCAAUUUCUGUUGAUUCGAAGGAUGCUAACGGCAAGGACCUUGCUAAAAACCAAACCUUUGAUGCUGUUAUAAUGACAGCUCCAUUGUCAAAUGUCCAGAGGAUGAAGUUCACAAAAGGUGGAGCUCCCUUUGUUCUAGACUUUCUUCCUAAGGUGGAUUAUCUACCACUAUCUCUUAUGGUGACCGCUUUUAAGAAGGAAGAUGUCAAGAAACCUCUGGAAGGAUUUGGGGUUUUAAUACCUUACAAGGAACAGCAAAAACAUGGUCUGAAAACCCUUGGGACUCUCUUCUCCUCAAUGAUGUUCCCAGAUCGAGCUCCUGAUGACCAAUAUUUAUAUACAACGUUUGUUGGGGGUAGCCACAAUAGAGAUCUUGCUGGGGCUCCAACGUCUAUUCUGAAACAACUUGUGACCUCUGACCUUAAAAAACUCUUGGGUGUAGAGGGGCAACCGACUUUUGUCAAGCAUAUAUACUGGGGAAAUGCUUUUCCUUUGUAUGGCCAUGAUUACAAUUCUGUAUUGGAAGCUAUAGAAAAGAUGGAGAAAAAUCUUCCAGGGUUCUUCUACGCAGGAAAUAACAAGGAUGGGCUUGCUGUUGGGAGUGUUAUAGCUUCAGGAAGCAAGGCUGCUGACCUUGCGAUCUCAUAUCUUGAAUCUCACACCAAGCAUAAUAAUUCACAUUGA